UUUAUCCGAAGAAGCAUCGUAAGAAGAAUAUUUAGCUAUGUUUCGAAAAUACUCAAUGUAAGAUGGAGCAUAAAAGGUGUGGAAAAUUUGAAACUAAACGAGUCCUGUGUGUUGGUGGCAAAUCACCAAAACAAUUUAGACGUACUAGGUGUUUCGCAAAUAUAUGCUCAUUUGGAAACAUCUUGCGUUGCAUUGGCGAAUGACGACUGUAUUUACUCUGGUCCCUUUGGACUGUGUGCUCGACUCAAUCGUUUCACUUUGAUAAACGAAUCGGAUGAGUUAUUUAGUCAUAAAAAUUUAUUACCUUCUAAAAUUAAGCAGUUAAAACACGACAAUGUGAGUAUUUUAAUAUUUCCUGAAAUCAUCAACAAUCGUUCGGACGAGGGAAUCCGCGACUUUCAGAAAAGUGCUUUCAUCUUAGCAAUUAAGGAACAAUUACCAAUAGUGCCUGUGGUAUUUUCCAAUUAUUAUUUUAUCGAUAAUCAUCGUAAAGUAUUUGAUCCUGGUUACGUGACAAUUGAAGCUAUAUCGCCUAUUAGAACAGACAACCUAUCGAUAGAUGACGUAUCGAAGCUCAUUGAAGAAACCAGAAAUAAAAUGAGAACUACUAUGAAGAAACUGACAGCUAAAUUGACACCGCCGAGUGUGAAAGAAUUACGAAAACAGUAUACUUUCUAAAACUGACCCGUAGUAAAGUCAAGCACUUGUUGAAUUUUUAAACGCUUUUUUUUUGCAGCAUGAAAAGUCCUUUUUUUUCAUGUUUUAAAUUUGAUAUAUUUCGAGUCUUCUUUUUUGUCUUCUUAUAUUAUUGACGUAGUUGUAAAUGAGUUUUCCUUUUGCAUUUCUAAUCAUGUUAAUUUUAUGCACCAAAUUUUAAUCCUAAGAAAUGUAGUGAACUGUUGAUAAUUAAAAAGUUAUUUAUUGUUAAAAAAUAAAUAUAUAAAAAUUAA